CAAAGAUGCUUAGAUCACAAUUCCUUACACGCAGAGGCGUAAUUUCCGCUAGAAGCAGUGUUACUGCUCCUUCCAGAAUAUUCACAGCACAACUCAGCAGCAAUAAUGGACCAUUGACUUUUUUCCAACAGGAUCAAUUACCUGCCAACACCGUUAUUAGAUUUGUUCCUCAACAAACCGCUUGGGUGGUGGAGCGUAUGGGUAAAUUUCAUAGAAUUCUUGAACCUGGUUUAGCAAUUUUGUUCCCAAUCCUUGAUAAAAUUCAAUAUGUCCAAUCUUUAAAAGAAGCUGCUAUUGAAAUUCCAACCCAAAAUGCAAUCACAUCAGAUAAUGUUACUUUGGAAAUGGAUGGUGUCCUAUAUAUCAAAGUUGUUGAUGCUUACAAGGCUUCUUAUGGCGUUGAAGAUGCAGAAUAUGCCAUUUCACAAUUGGCACAAACAACAAUGAGAUCAGAAAUUGGUCAAUUGACUUUAGAUCAUGUUUUAAGAGAAAGACAAUCUUUAAACCAUAAUAUCACAACUGCUUUGAAUGAAGCUGCUAAUGAUUGGGGUAUUAAAUGUUUACGUUAUGAAAUUAAAGAUAUUCAUCCACCUCAAAAUGUUUUAGAAGCAAUGCAUAGACAAGUUUCCGCUGAAAGAUCAAAAAGAGCUGAAAUUUUAGAUUCUGAAGGUCAUAGACAAUCAAAAAUAAAUAUUGCAGAAGGUGAAAAAACUUCAAGAAUUUUGGAAUCUGAAGCUGCUAAAGCAAAGAGUAUUAAUGAGGCUGCAGGUGAAGCUGAAGCUAUUUUAAUGAAGGCCAAAGCUACUGCUGAAGGUAUUAAACAAGUUGCAAAAGCUAUAAAUGAAACACCGGGUGGUAAAGAUGCUGUUUCAUUACAAGUUGCUGAACAUUAUGUUGAAGCGUUUGGCAAAUUGGCCAAAGAAAGUAAUACUGUUAUUGUCCCUGCUGGUUUAAAUGAUUUAGGUUCAAUGAUAUCAAGUGGGUUAGGAAUUUAUAAUCAAGUUAACAAGACUGUGAACCCAGUGAAGAAGAUUGAAGAAGUUAAGAAUUGAAAGCUUCAAAGUCAUCCCCAUUAAUCUUAUAAAUAGUUAUCAUUUUUUCUAGAUGUAUUGAAUAUACUACAAUCUUUUU